GAGAGAGACUAGCGCGCUCCCGCCUGCCUGCCUGCCUGGCUGCUUGUUUCCUCGGCGGGAGCCCCUUUCUCCCAGGAAGGGGCCAGGGAGCCGCAACGCUGACUUCGGGGGACGCGAUUGCGGGGAGGGAGGGAGGCACCGUCCUCCAGCCCCUCCUCAGCAGCGGAGAGACUGAGACGCACACAGAGAAAAGUCGGAUAAGGGGAAGAGGACAGACCGUAAUGGAGUAUAUGAGCACUGACAGUGACAAUAAAGAGGAGAUUGACUUAUUGCUAAGAGACCUAAAUAUGUCUGACGUGAUCGACAUCAUGGAAAACCUCUAUCCCAGUGGAGACCUGGCCGUCUAUAAAGAUAGCCUCAUCACGCUACGUCCAGAGACGAAUAAAAAUGAGGAACGGACAGAAUCCCUACGGUUCAGUGGACGAGAAGUUUCGUUGUUGUCGUCGGUCAAAUAUGGGACUGUGGAAGACCUGCUUGCUUUUGCAAAUCAGGUGUCGAACACUGCAAAGCAGUUCUGCCGGCCCAGAAGACAGGAGUCUGGAAUCAUAUUAAAUAUGAUCAGUCCCAAAAAUGGGCGCUAUCGAAUUGACUCAGAUGUGCUCCUGUUCCCAUGGAAACUAACCUAUCGAAAUAUUGGGUCUGACUUCAUUCCACGGGGAGCUUUUGGGAAAGUGUACUUGGCGCAAGAUACGGAAACCAAAAAAAGAAUGGCUUGCAAACUGGUCCCUGUGGAGCAGUUUAAAUCAUCAGACGUUGAAAUCCAGGCCUGCUUUCGCCACGAGAACAUCGCUGAGCUUUAUGGAGCAAUCUUGUGGGACGAGACGAUCCAUCUCUUUAUGGAGGCAGGAGAAGGAGGCUCCGUCCUGGAGAAAUUGGAAAGCUGUGGGCCAAUGAGAGAAUUCGAGAUCAUUUUUGUGACAAAGCAUAUCCUCAAAGGACUGGAGUUUCUUCACUCCAAGGGAGUUAUACACCAGGAUAUAAAACCAAGCAACAUUGUUUUCAUGUCCACCAAAGCAGUUCUGGUUGAUUUUGGUCUAAGUGUUCAAAUGACGGAAGACAUUUACUAUCCCAAAGACCUCCGAGGAACAGAGAUUUACAUGAGUCCAGAAGUGAUUCUCUGCCGGGGCCACACUACCAAAGCUGACAUCUAUAGCCUGGGAGCGACGAUCAUUCACAUGCAAACUGGCUUCCCGCCGUGGGUGAAUCGGUACCCCCGCGCUGCGUACCCCUCCUACCUCUAUAUAAUCCAUAAGCAAGCGCCACCGUUGGAGGACAUUGCAGAAGACUGCAGUACCAGCAUGAGGCAGUUGAUGGAAGCUGCUCUGGAGAGGAACCCCAACCAAAGACCCUCUGCGACGGAGCUGCUAAAGCACGAGGCUUUGCAUCCCCCGAGGGAGGAGCAGCCUCGGUGCCAGAGCCUGGACUCAGCCUUGUUUGAAAGGAAAAGACUGCUGACAGGGAAGGAGUUGGAAUUGCCAGAGAACAUUGCUGAUUCUUCGUGCCUUGGGAUUACAGAGGAAUCCGACCUGCUGAAGAGGCAACGAUCAUUGUACAUAGACAUUGGAGCAUUAGCUGGCUACUUUAACAUUGUCCGAGGACCCACAACACUAGAUUAUGAAUAAAUAAGGAUCUUGGGUGCUGCAGCUGGACAGAAGGAAAUGGUUCCUCUUAUAUAUCUAUUGGAAGAGGAGUAAAAUUCUUCUUAUCAUUUGAAGGAGUUUCUAAAGCUAAACUUUUCAGGAGUUUUGACCAAUAUGUAGGCUACAAUAACUGUUUUGUUGGGGGAGAAAUAUUGCUGCUCAGCAACUUGGCAUAUGAUAUGUGUCUUACAUGUACCUAUCAUUUGAUUAAUGCUCAGUGUGUAUAACUAUAAAACGUGUGUGUAUACACAUUUUGCAACAAACAACCUGAAUAGUGGAUCAGAAUAGUUUAAUUGAGCUAUGCUCACCCUGCCUCCCCAAGAACUUAAUUUAGGCCCCUUGAAGUUCUCUAUGAACAACUAUCAAAGUGUGUAUUGAAUCUCUUCUGGUUUUACACAGCACCAGCUUCCAGUGGCCAUGUAGCUUUUGGAGGAUGGCUCAAAAGGACAGGUGAUAGAGCUGGCUUGGCUCUCUGAGUGCUGGUCUUUGCAAGCGCUUGGAUUACAGCAUUGGGUGCUAAGGAGACUGAGAGCAUUGUGAGUUGAAGUGGCAAACCCUUCCCUGCCCCCUCAUAUCCUGCCAGGCUCUGGAUGUUCUCUUCUGGGACUUGGAGGCAGCUUGGUGACCCACAAAUCAUCAUUGCACGAGCAUCUGUCUUCAUCCCCACCCAACCACCCACUCGUUUUGUUGACUGUUUGUUUUGGAUACCAGGGCAGGCAACUCCCUCUCUUUUGAGAACCUUCCCUUUUUGCCUUUCUGCCUCCCUUGGGUUCCAUAGCAUACUUCCCAGGCACUCUCAGUGCUGCCCCUUUGAUCUGCCUGCUUUCAGACUGAGAGAGAAAACAAGGCCUGCCAGCUCGGUCACAUCAUCUGUUGUUACGUUGCUCUAAGCACAUAUGGGAAUACUGUUGGGGCUGUUUUUCUUGACCUGAGGAGGAUCACAUCUAGCAGAGUUUUGAGAAACCUGGUGUUGAUUGAUUGACUGAUUGAUUGAGAAGGGAUAACAGGAGUGCUGGACUAGGAGUGCUGGACUAGGACCGGGGAGACCCGAGUUCAAAUCCCCAUUCAGCCAUUAUACAAGCUGGGUGACUCUGGGCCAGUCACUUCUCUCUCAGCCUAACCUACUUCACAGGGUUGUUGUGAGGAGAAACUCAAGUAUGUAGUACACCGCUCUGGGCUCCAUGGAGGAAGAGUGGGAUAUAAAUGUAAACAGCAACAACAACAACAACAACAACCACAUCAUAGAGAAAUAGCUAUGAAGACUCAAAAGCUGUCUUGAGUCUAUUCUCCUGGCUGAGACCAGAUUAGGACAGAUUUUAUUUAUUUAGUUUUAUAUCACCUUUCAUUAAAAAAAAUAAAUAAAUCCCAAGGUGGUUCAUAUUAAAAACAGCAAUUUAUCAGAAUUUAAAACAAACAACCAUAUACAAUAAACAAUAAAAAAUACAGCAUGCAGAAGCAGCACUGACAACAAAAAUAGAAAACAGCAUCCUUUAACAUAAAAACGUAUGAGUAAAAAGCCUGGUCUUUACCUGCCUCUUAAAGGCAGUGAGGGAGACAGAAGAGCAGACAUCCAUUGGAAGAGCAUUUGAAAGCCUGGGGGCAAUUACCAAGAAGGCCCUAUUCCAUGUGAAUGGCAAUGGAGCAGAGCCACUUUAAUGGUCUUGUCAGGCAGGCUGAAACCGUCAGGAGCAGGCGGUCCUUCAAGUGUUCAGGGCUCAAAAUGUCAAGGGCUUUAAAGGUCAAAACCAGCACCUUGAAUUGGACCCCCAAACAAAUUGGCAGCCAGUGCAACUCUUUCAAAAUGAGAUUGCUAGGAUGGGAAACCAAUGUGCAAAAGGUCCAUCCUAACGAGAGGCAGGUGUCUUGUUUGAAGCUGUGUACAUCUUAAGCUGCUGUUCAGAAAAACACUUGAAGUGGCACGUUUGCAUUAUUGAUUGGGUUAGCCGUAUUGGGUUGAGUUCUCCUGAAAGUCCUCUUGUGCAAGACUCAUCGAAUCAAAUAGAGGCUAUGCGAGAGCAUGAAAUGCAUUGUGUGAAGAUCAGAAAGAAAUCAUAACUGUUAGGUAUGAGCCAUUUGAAGUUUAACGUUUGCAUUACACUGUUGCACAAUGUUUGGAACUUUAUGCCAGUUCUGAUGGUGGGUUGAUUUAUGGCUGUAGGACUACAUGUUUGUUAAAAUAAAUGUGUAUUUGAAUGCCAUUAAUUUUAUUUGAUGUUCCUAUGGAAACAGAAUUCCUUUUCUCUUGAAGAUGUUGAAUACUUUUAUAACAUGAUGUUUUCGAUGGCAGUAAAACUGUUUCAAGAACAUAGUUUGGUACAUCCCAUGGGAUGAAUGUUUAUAAACUUUUAUAAAAUUAUGCUAUACUAAGGAUUAGUGUCUCUUUAAGCACGGUUUUUUGAAGUGGCAUACUAUGUAUGAUGUAAAUAGAACUCUUAAUAAAGUAACAUUCCUCUUUUAAAAAAUAAAUGCCAGGCUGUCUGUGUGCACAA